AUGCCUGCACUGCGGUUUUCGCUGGAAUUCGGGGAGACCGUUUGGGGCGUGGGUCUGUUGGAACAGCCAUUGCAAGCUCAGCAGCAGGAGGCGGGGCAAGUUUCAGAGAUGCAAACUGUAAGGCUGAGGACUCCUCAUUCGAGAGACCGCUCGGAAAUUGCACAUCUACAAGACGGAGACGGAGAGAUAUGUGGAGACUUGCUGCUUAUAGCAGAGUGGUCUGAAACCGGUGUGAAGCUUCAACUGCACUCCGUAAGAUCUUUGACUAUGUCUGUUUCGCGACUCUACGAACUUAAAGGUGGCAGUGGUCCUGGAGAAUCCAAUGGCUGGCUGCUCCAAAUAUGGGGGUCUCCUUCUGUUCGGAUGUCAGAAGGCAUUCCAUUCUGCCGCAUGGGGUUGCGAUGUGCCGUCCCGGUGCCAUUCUCGGCGGACAUGCUGUACCUGGAGCGCCCAGUGGAGCUCCAAUGGCCUGAGACAUGGUUAUCCAAAGGUCAGGAUGGCGUGCCUUCCAAGGCGGAACAUGAGGUUCGACAGGAGGCAACGAUUGCCACACGGUGUCGUCAUGCCAUGUUUGAAGGCACUUCGCCCAAUACAGUUACAGCUCGCAGCUUGAAGCAUUGGGCAGACCUGGAAAGUUGGUUCUUGUUUGGCCCUCUCUACGCGAGGUAUGACGAUGAGCUGCUGCCAAUCGAUGAAGCCACAGCGCUGCAUGCAGAUGGUCAGCUGGCGCUUACCCUGGAGGCGCUUCAUGAGCUUCGACAGGAUCAAGACUAUAUCGCCUGCCAUGCGAGUGUUGUGCGCUUCAUCCUCCUUUCUUGGGGCUGGGACGCAGAGAGCGGAGAGCUGGUGAAUGCCGACGUCCAUGCCGGCCAGGGUUGGGCAGCCAGUGGUCAGCAUGCCUGGCGUCUUCGUCAUCUCUGUCUGUCAUGCUGGCUUUUGGGCCAAACUGAGCUACGGCAGUCCUGCAACGACUUUGUCCUUACGCUUGGAGCCAAAGCACCCUGGAGCGAAGAUGGGCGCUCGGAAGCAGAGUUCACCCUGGGGCGGUAUGGGGACCAUGCUGCGGUCGAGGCAUUUUGGGAUGCUCGUCUUCCUCCCAGUUGUCCCGCAAAGGGUGAGCGCACUCUGUUGGGAAUUCUGCGUGCCGACGAUUAUGCGAUCGAUGCGCUGCUACCAGCAAUCUGGUAG